AGGGUUAAGUCUAGUAGUAGCAGUAGUAGCAGUAGCAGUAGCGGUGGCAGCGGCAGUGGCAGUAGUAGCAGUAGUAGAAGUAAUAAAGAAGUAAAGGCUCUAUUUCUGGGUGGUGACACUUCAGAGUAGUAAAAACACUGAUAAAUUCCUGACCCUCACCACACUAUAAAAAUUACCUUAAAAGUAAAAUGUCAUAAGAAUUCUAGCACUAUAUACAUUUAACAUUAAAAUUAUCGACAGUUACACUGCUAUAAAAAGCUCAAAAUGGCAAAAUCACCUUGGCCCUGUUCCUGGAAAGAUGGUUAAGUUUAACUUAGGAUUAAGCCAAAUUUCAAGCCCAGUUUUCUCCGCGUCUGAGAACAUGCAACUCGAGGUUACAAAAUACUGCUGAGCCUUAACUACGAGAUACAGCAAUGAUAACACAACGUUGCCCUAAGCAAUGCAUAGGAAUGUAAAAUACCAAAAAUUUUAAUUAAUCCUGCAUUAACGCUAUAGGCCUUCCAGGAACCGGGCCCAGAAAUAAAUUCUUAAUUUACGGAAGCCUCAUAUCUUGAGGUGCGGGUAGGCUACCAGAUAAGUCAAGAGUUUUAUUGCACGAACUCAUACCUCUGUUUGCUAGUUUUCUAAGGGGUAAAUGAUUGACUUAUAUGUAUGGGGUACUUUUAUGUAGUCAGUUACAACUUGAUUUUUGCAAACGAAUAACAUGAGUGGUUUGCCAGCAUUGUUGGGGAUCGAUAUCCGAAAUGUUAAAAAUGAUUCUUUUUUAGCUGGGAGACCAACUGUGCAUUGACAUCGCUGACGGAAGUCUUACAUCAUUGGAGCAAAAACAAAACUUCCGGAUCAAAAGCGCUUGCCAGGGCUAUCCUCCUGUUAACCUUCUGCUGCAGAAGUAAGUCAUCGUGCUUUAACAGUCUCAGUGUAAUUCUCGUCUUUAAUAGCUAAACUGAAAAUGUACAUGCGUGAUAUGUUAUAGUUGUGGUCAUUGUUUGUCUAAAGCACUCCAUCUUGUCGUGUCUAAUCCUCCGUCAUCGCCCACCGCUCUUCUCCUAACCUACCAUUUUGCCGCCAAUUUACUGUUCCUCCUUCCCCUUACCUCUCCCUCUCUAGAUCUUUCAGAAUAACAUCCCCGGUGAACUUGUAGUGUUUAAACUGAAUAGUUAUUUCCGUUACUGCAGUUUAUUUACCCUGAAAAAAAAUGACUUUUGCCCCUGAAAUAAAAUGAUAGUAUCCUUGCCAACACGAAAAAGUGCAUUUUUUUCGUUUUCAACUCAGCAUCUGCGGCCUGUCAGCGUAAUGCUAAAAUCCACGCAUUCUUUGUGUGUUUCAGGGACUUGGAUGCUUUCUCUAAACUUCUUCUGGGCCCGCAAAUGGCUGACUUGGUCGCAAGAGUCACUCCUACUCGCGACCGACUCACACAUAGGCCAUCAAAAGUAAUUUACCGGCUUCGUCAAGGCAGAAUAUAUGACACUCGGCUACAGGAAGUGCUGCAAAUUGCCAAAAGAGCCUUUAGUAUCUCAGACUCCAGCGGAGCCAUGUUUAAGAACUUGACUGACAAGAUAACGACUGAGUUCCCACUCCUUGGGCAACAGCAGGAGCACCUUUUGAUUUACGAGAUGGCAAAUAAGCACUCAAUCCUUGAGCAGCUGCUGGAGCAGGACAGUUGGGAUUGCUUUCGAGUGUGACUCUGGUUGAAGAGUUUGAAUAGAUAUGUAUUUAGAAGUUACUUGACAAAAAGAGUGACUAAAAAUAGCGCAGAAACUGUAAGACCAUUCAAAGGGUU